CGAUCAUCGCUACUCCACUAGUACAGUACUGCCAUAAUACCAUUCAUCAGUAGACGCAGCCUGAAUUUCUCCUGCUUGCUACAAUGGAAGGAAGAAUCAGGGACGGCCAUCUUGGGAUUAGUCCGCCGCGAUAUAGAGGUGUACGACAACGGAAAUGGGGGAAAUGGGUGUCCGAAAUCCGGGAGCCUGGCAAGAAGACAAGAAUUUGGCUCGGGAGUUAUGAGAUGCCUGAAAUGGCGGCGGCCGCAUACGACGUUGCAGCAUUGCACCUUAGAAGACGUGGGGCGCAACUAAAUUUUCCUGAGAUGGUGGAUAUUUUGCCCCAGCCAGCGAGCUCUAGCGCAGAGGAUGUGCAAAUGGCGGCACAAGAGGCGGCUUUGCUGUUUCGCAGACCAAUGAAAUGCUCGGAGGCUGUAAGCGGCGAUUCCAGUGUUGGUGGUGGUUUAGGUCCUGUUAGGGUUGGGUUGUCACCGAGCCAAAUUCAAGCUAUAAACGAGGCACCAUUGGACUCACCAAAAAUGUGGAUGGAGUUAGCUGGGGCUCUUCUGCUGGAAGAGCCUAUGAUCAUGAGUGAUGAUAUUGAUGUUGAGUAUAGAGAUGAGCGGGGAGAAAUGCAGCAUGAUUCCAUUUGGGAUUAUUAAUCAUAUACAAUUAUUUAUUUCGUGUUUUAUUACUAUAUUAUAUAUUAUUUAUAAUGAUAAAUAUUUGACUAUACUAAUGUAAUGAUGGGAUUGAUCAAUUUAAAAACUGGCUAAUCUCUCCGAUAUUACAUUAGAGUCAACAAGAUUUAAUCAAGCUUUCUCCAUCCUUUGAUCUUUUUCUUUUUUA